UACAGACAGAUUUAAAGACGAGCAAGCGAUCUUCGAGAUGCCACAACCAGGCGGGGAUUACCUCAUCAUCGUCACAUCUUUCUUGGUUUUGAUCUGUUUCCCAGAUCUUGCCCAGGCAGCCAGUUAUCACUUGGAAAACUAUGACCUGGAUAUGGAUAGUGGCGGCAUAUCGAACUCCAGCAGCGAAGAGGAGUUCUAUGGAGGAGUUACCUCCCUGGAAAGACCCAUUUCCUGGCUGAGAAGUGCGAGCAACAUGAUCGGCACUCCAGCUGGCCAUGUGGUCAUCCAGGUGGCCAAGGAGCUGCUGCAUCGCUCAGCCGGAAACAGUCAAGUUCUAAGUCUGAACCUCACCAAUCUUCUGAUCAUCUUACUGCUCAAAGUCCUGAUCUUCUCGGCUGGAAUGCUGGGGGCAGGCCACUGGAGUGCCUAUGGUUAUGGCCAUGGUCGCUCGAGUGAUAGUAACUAUGGUUUGAGUAUUACUUCUGGUGAUGAUUACCUAAUAACUGGAUUUCUGGCCGCCCAAGGAGCUGGCAGAGAUGAGUGUCUGUAUGCUGCAUCCUGUGCCUGCCCAGCGGCCGCCUAUGAAUACGCGAAGGCAGGACGUUCUCUUCUGGGAGCCAUUGAAUUGUUCCAAGGUGUGCCGCUGGAGAAACCGCGCUACACCGAUCUCAUUGUUCUAAUGGAGCGAGCCGCCCACGAUGGCUUCCAGGGAAAGGUCUGCAACACCGCCCAGACCUGUGACGGGUUGCUUUAGAGUUAACCAAUCGACAACACUAUUUAUGUAUCUAUUUAAAUGUAUAUUAAAUCAUUAGGUUGUAGUACAAA